CUGCCGGACCGAGUUGGCAGAUAAAGAACGGCGAAUUAUUUUGUUCCGAAGUCGGAGAAUAUUUCAAACCGAAGAUGGCCGAGGCAAGCGAAGAAAUGAAAUUCUGUACCAAUUGCAAAAAAGACAUAGCUGCUGCAAAUUACUUAAUGCACACUAUGCAUUGUCAACGCAAUAUAGUAUUAUGUAAAAAAUGUAAUGAAUCUGUCUCUAGAAAUGAAAUUGAAAUCCAUAAUACAGAAAUGCAUAGUCAAAUCGUCUGUGAGAAGUGUUCUAAAGUCAUGGAACGCUGGAAGUUGGAAGAACAUAAAUUGUUGUGCUCCAAGAGAGUGGUGCAGUGUUCAUAUUGUGAAUUAGAAUGCUCCUUGGACGAAAUGGAAGAACAUGAAUCGUACUGUGGCAGCAGGACUGAGAUCUGUCCUCUGUGUAAACAGUAUGUAAUGAUAAAGAACAGGACAGAACAUGAGACAAGAAAUUGUGCUGAAACACCAACACGUUCAUUAGUUAAAAAUGAAAAUGUAAUUGCAGAUAAUUUUGGUACAAUUUUUCCCUGCGAAUUUUGUGGUGACUUUUUCCCCGAUGUUGCUUUAAUUGAGCAUCAGGCCACCUGUAGGUCGGAAUCAUUAUCCGAAUUUGACUUGUUACCCGAAGGAGGCGAGGGUUAUUCAGAAGAAGACAUACCCUGUGAAUUUUGUGGAGAUCUGUUCCCUCUGGAAUUGCUCAUUUUACAUCAAUCUGGAUGUAGACCCGAUCUCAUUCAUCAUUCUCAGUCUGGAGGAAACACGCCAUCCACCAAGGAGACAUCAAAUGUUCCUUCUUCUAAAAACACAGCCACAAAUAAAGAAAAUUCACUCAUUCCUUGUGAAUUCUGUCAUAACAAGUUUUUACCCACAGCACUGAUAGAGCAUCAGUCUUUUUGUGAAAUUAAAAAUGCAUAUGAGGAGUCUGAUGUAUUAGAAGAUAGUAUUCACAGAACGAAAAGUGAUCAGAAUCAACCUGAAGAUAUACCAUGUGAAUUCUGUGGUGAACCAUUUCCAAUUGAAUUUCUUAUCGAUCAUCAAGCCACCUGUAGGUCGGAAUCAUUAUCCGAAUUUGACUUGUUACCCGAAGGAGGCGAGGGUUAUUCAGAAGAAGACAUACCCUGUGAAUUUUGUGGAGAUCUGUUCCCUCUGGAAUUGCUCAUUUUACAUCAAUCUGGAUGUAGACCCGAUCUCAUUCAUCAUUCUCAGUCUGGAGGAAACACGCCAUCCACCAAGGAGACAUCAAAUGUUCCUUCUUCUAAAAACACAGCCACAAAUAAAGAAAAUUCACUCAUUCCUUGUGAAUUCUGUCAUAACAAGUUUUUACCCACAGCACUGAUAGAGCAUCAGUCUUUUUGUGAAAUUAAAAAUGCAUAUGAGGAGUCUGAUGUAUUAGAAGAUAGUAUUCACAGAACGAAAAGUGAUCAGAAUCAACCUGAAGAUAUACCAUGUGAAUUCUGUGGUGAACCAUUUCCAAUUGAAUUUCUUAUCGAUCAUCAAGCAGUAUGCAAUGAAAAUAACCUGGAGCAAAUCUUAUCGGAUGAACUCUAUCCUCCGGACGAGUCGGAAAUUUCUCGCAUCCCGGCAGACGAGGCAUCUAGGCAAUACAGAAAACGGCAGGAAAGUCCAAAAUUAGAAGACAUUCUGUCAGUCAAAACAGAUAAUAUUGUUAAAUCCAAUGAUUUGAGCAAAGAACAUAACUUAAAGACUCGUCACAGUCCAGUAGACAAAUUGGUUCCCAAAACAGAUACUUCAAAGAGUGAAUAUUUUAAAAUAGAUAAAAAGUGGCUUGAGAAACCUUCAGAAAUGGCCAAGCGUAAAGAAUUUAUAAAUGUGGAUUCAUAUUUUGAAAGAUGGGAUAGAAAACACUGUUUUACUAAGGAUACAAGGUAUAUGAGUGAAAAUAGGACUCCUAAUGAAAGAACUUACUUCUAUAGAGGUACUACUCAAAGAGAAUAUGACAGUCAUUUACCUAGAUCUUAUAAUGAUGAUAGAAUUAAUGUAUCAGGUGCUCAUGUAAGAAAUGCUUACAGAGAGAAGGAGAACAGGAGCAAUGAACCAAAGAUCAAACCUAGUCCCAGAAAUGUAGACACUUUUAAUUACGAGAGGCCAACAAGAGUAAAAAAUAUGUCUUCUUUCAACCCUGUCUUCAAUCCUGUUUCUGGUUCUCAGCAAAAAGUAGACGAAAGAGUAUUUGAAGAGCCCACCAGGAGACCACACCAAUUGCAACCAUUAUCACCAGAUGACGGAAACAGUAAAAACAAAUGUACGAAAAGAAAGGUAAAGAGUUCGAGAGAAGAUUAACCUUUCCUUCAGUAUAUAAAAAUAAAAUUUAAGAUGUAUUUUUUUAAUAUAGACAUUUUAGCAUGUGUUGUGUUAAGUUAAAAACAAAAAAAUUUAAUGCAUGGAUUGUUCGUUUUAAAAUAGUCUUGUAUAAUUACAAAGAAACUUUUUGUUCUCUAUGUAUUCUAUUUGAAAUAUUCAUAAAAUUUUACAUUUUUUGUAACAUGA